UGACUGUCAAAUUCUAGUUGGUUGAUGAUCAGUGAAUUUGCUUUUGUCAUUUGUAGAUUUCAAUUCUAAUAAUAUUUGUUUCCUAUUGUAUAAAUUUGAGACAGAAGUACGAUUCAGUUAGAUCGCUUAAACUAGAUUUUAAAUAAAUAAUUCAAGAUGCCAAGUCAAGAAGUCGUGACCACAAAAGUGGUUGUUCAUCCCUUAGUACUACUCAGUGUCGUAGAUCAUUUCAACCGAAUGGGUAAAAUUGGUAACCAAAAGCGUGUCGUCGGAGUUCUCCUUGGCUGUUGGAGGGCGAAGGGAGUUUUAGAUGUAUCAAACAGUUUUGCAGUUCCCUUUGAUGAAGAUGAUAAGGAUAAGUCUGUAUGGUUCCUUGAUCACGAUUACUUGGAAAACAUGUAUGGAAUGUUCAAAAAGGUCAAUGCUCGUGAAAAGGUAGUUGGUUGGUAUCACACGGGUCCAAAACUGCAUCAGAAUGAUGUUGCAAUUAAUGAACUUAUUAGACGUUACUGCCCCAAUUCAGUCUUGGUAAUAAUUGAUGCUAAACCUAAGGACUUGGGUUUGCCAACAGAGGCAUAUCGAGCUGUAGAGGAAGUUCAUGAUGAUGGCAGUCCUACGACGCGGACAUUUGAACACGUACCCAGUGAAAUUGGAGCUGAAGAAGCCGAAGAGGUAGGUGUUGAACACCUACUAAGAGACAUAAAGGAUACAACUGUCGGCAGCCUCUCUCAACGUAUUACAAAUCAAUUACUGGGCCUCCGUGGCCUUCACUCACAACUAAGUGAAAUUAGAGAUUACCUUGUCCAAGUCGGACAAGGCUCCUUACCCAUGAACCACCAAAUAAUUUAUCAGCUACAGGAUAUAUUCAAUCUCUUGCCUGACAUAUUCAGUGACAGUUUUCUUGAUAACCUAUACAUCAAAACAAAUGACCAGUCACUCGUAGUCUAUUUAGCUGCCUUAGUAAGAUCUAUCAUUGCUCUACACAAUCUGAUUAAUAAUAAAAUAACAAAUAGAGAUGCUGAAGAAGGAAAAAAAGAAGACAACAAGGAUAAGAAAGAAAAGAAAGAGGAAAAAGAUGAGAAGAAGUCCGAAGAUAAAUCAAAAGAUAAAAAAGAUAAGGAAGAGAAAAAGAAGUAAUAUGGAAUCGUCAUUAGUCUAAGUUGCUUGUAACACUGAGUUAUUUUAAUAAAUGGUAUUUACUGAUUA